GGCGGAAAUCGUAGUUCCGUAAGGAGGCCGAACCCAGUGGUAGCGACAUGGGUUCUCCCAAGCGAACCCAUUUGUAUAUAAGCGUCGCAAUAUGUAAGUUUACACUUUGUGGUGAAAUGUGUUUGUUUGUACAAGCCGAUCUUGACUCGGUGUCAAAGCGGAAAUCGUAGUUCCGUAAGGAGGCCGAACCCAGUGGUAGCGACAUGGGCUCUCCCAAGCGAACCCAUUUGUAUAUAAGCGUCGCAAUAUUGAAUAUUUUAUACCUGAUAUGCGGGACAACGUUCGUGUGGUCGUCUCCGGUGUUGGUGAAGUUGACCCUAACUGACACCGAGGGCAGCACCGUCGCCUCCAUGCUGUCUCUGGGCAGCGUGCUGGGGCCCUUCGUGUCCGGUGCCGUCCUCGACUCCCUGGGCCGCAAGUACACCGUGGGCCUCGCCAUGGCGCUGGAGACGGCGUCCUACCUCACUCUAGCCGAGGGCAGCGGAGUCAUCGUCUUGUCUGUGGGCAGGUUUCUGGGAGGUGUGGCCUGCGGCAUGGCCUUCUCUGCUUUGCCAAUGUACAUCGCUGAAAUUUCUGAGGAUUCAGCUCGGGGGUUUCUGAACACCCUUAACCAGAUCUCAGUGAACUUUGGGUCUCUCCUGAUGUACUCUCUAGGACCCUACAUCAGUUACGCUGACCUUCACUACAUCAUGCUCGGUAUCUGCGGCGUCUUCUUCUUACUGUUCCCUCUUCUUCCUCAGUCUCCUUACUCGCUCCUCAAGAAGAACAAAGUCUGUGAAGCCAGAGACACCCUGUUGUGGCUGAGAGAGGGUAGUGCUGUUUCCCAAGUUGAGAGGGAGCUGCUGGUAAUACAGGGAGGACUUGGAAUAUUUUUUCUGCUGAAGAGUAAUCAGUUUGACCUGGACUCCCUGAAAUGGAUGCCUCUUCUCAGUGUUGUUUCUUACGGAUUGUUCUUUAAUACAGGUUUCGCCAACAUACCGUGGGCUCUGACUGGAGAACUGUUCCCAAGCAACAUAAGACCGGUAGCCACCGCAGUGAUCGCGUCGACAUGCGGAGUGGUCGCCUUCCUCACGACUAAACUGUUCCCCAACUUGAUCGCUCUCAUGGGAGUGGAGUUCGUGUUCAUGUCGUGCUCUCUCUUCUGUGGACUCGCCCUCGUCUUCAUCGCACUGGUGGUACAGGACACCAGCGGCCUCUCUUUCGUCGAGAUACAAGAAGUACUCAACGGUCGUAGAGUGAAGCACGUCAACCGCCCAGUUUAGUUUGGUCUGAUCGUCAAAUAUCUAAUAUAAAAUUUAUCAUUACUCUUGGAAGUUUUAUAUUACAAAAGUUUUAAUGAAUUUUUAAUUGUAUGCCUAGCAAAAUCUUAGAAAUGACUCUGGCGAGUGCGUCUCAAGCGUGAGUGGUUGGAGAGCAGUCGCGGUGAAGGCGGUCAGGAUGUAUAAUAACUGGUCUGGAGCUAAUUAGUGAUUGUCAUAGAAAAAUCAAAACAUUACAAUAGACUUUAAAAUGUGACAUAUGAGCUUAACUAUCCGUAUAUAUUUCAAGAAAUCUGUAGACUUUAGAUCUUGCAUGUAACUUAAUUUAUACACGUACAAGAAUGUAUUCUAUAAUGGUGGACCCAUUCAUGGGAUUUGGCCGAGCAUCAUUACAACCAAUCACUGCACAACUCUCCCAUGGUCUGCCGGAGGCAGGUAAAAAGUUUUGUUUGAUUUCAGUAUGUCUGUCAUGAAUUUAAUCAGAUAUAAAAUUGAAAAUAUGCAUGUAAUCCAAUAUAUACGAGUUUUACUCGGCAGUAAUGAAAUCUCAAACUUGUAUGCUCAUGUCACUGAUUGUAUCUGUACAGGUAAAUCAAGUCUCUUCUUAAGUUAUUGACAUUUAGAAAUUGCUGUACGCCGUGUUUAUUUAUUUUUAACAUUUGAACCAGAGAAUGAGCUCACCCUGAAAGUUUACACUCAAUAGCGUGUACCAUACAAACGUCAAACGUGUCAGCCAUUCAAAUUAUGAUGAUUAUAGCUAGGGCAGUCAUGAAAUAAUUGACAUGGAGCAAAUAUAUUAAUUUUUUUAACGUCUUAGCUUUAAAUUUACUACAUAAAAACUAGAAAAGCUGUCGAAGUCAGAAUGCAGACUUGACAUACUCAAAAAAAGUAAAUAUAGUUUAUAAAUGUGAAAUACUGUGCUAUCAGUAUAAUUGACGGUGAGCACAUAAUUGUAAUUUUAAUAGUAAAACAAAAGCUUAGAAAUAUAUCAUUACAGUGUUACUCAAGUAAUUAAUUACUUUUAUUUUACAUAUCAUCGUUAUCACAUACAUCGUACUGCAGAAUCCCGGUUUCAAGACUUAUCCUACCCAUUAUAGUCAUAUUUGUUCUUGCACAUCUUAAACCUAUAAUAGAAGAAAUAUUUGUUUACGUCAAAUAAUUUUGCACAAUAUUUAGUUUUUUGCAUUGGUAGGGUAAUUUACCAUAAUAGUUUCCUUACAGGUGGCAACACUGAGCGGAUACACUGAGUGUCGAGUUCCACCGCGGCGUGGUGUCCUGCUAUUAUAUUACAACCCCUCUGUAAUCACGAACAUGUCGUAUGGCGAUACAAGGUUUCCUGUACCCGUCCGUUGAGUACAAGAGUCUAAUUAAUUAACUAGGAAACUUGAUUCUUGACAAUGUCGGGUUUAGCUCCAUUUCACCUUCCUCUCAUUGCAGCAUCUGACACUAUCACAGACUCGAUUCCUGGAAUCUGAUAAGGAAUCCAAGUAUAACGAAAUUCAACAAGUCGGAGACUAAGAAGCUCACAGCGAACUGUUUACACAGUUUUGACAUCAGAGUCAACUAGACUUUGUGGUGUCCCAGGAUCCGUCCAGUGUAAUCUAGGUGAAGAGGUGUUCUCAAUGUGCAGCUGACCCAUGAGCGACAUGUACAUUUGGAUGUUAGUAAUUCGACUGUAGUUGCAAUUUUAAACUAUCCUACUAUAACGCCUGUCAACACUUUGCAUGAAAAUACAAACAAAAAAUAAAAAUAACCCGAAUGUAGAUAUCUUAAACGAUUGUCCUCUCGAAUACAGCUUAAAAUAAUUAAAAUCUCAUUUGUGAUUAAAAAUUAAAAUAUUAGAUCUUAGGUUUUAAUAUGAAGUUUUCACACUAACAAUCAACACUUGUAUACACAUAUUUGUUUUGUUAACUUCGAAUCUUUCACGCUCUCGAUUUUUUUUGCCUCAAAAUAAAUGUGCUGUCAGUUUUUGUUCAGCUGUAUAUUGAAUGUGUACUACUAACUAAAUAGAACUAAAGUGGACUCUGUCAUCAGCAGAGACACAGAGUCAAUCAAUUACACAUGUAUCUAAAUUUUUUCCUGAAAAAAUAAUUUUAAAAUACAAUAAGAUAUUUAUGUCCGCUAGCUUUUAUCAACAAUCUGGAGAAAGUGAGCUUAUAUUCUUUUAACCUACUUGAUCGGAAUCAAUUUUGAGAAAUAUAUCUCAGCGAGGUUAACGUAUUCCGUCCAUUAGAGACAAAUAAAAAAUUAUACAUUCAUGAAAAAUUUUUAGCUUAUUAUCAACACGCCAACGUCAAACUUGGCAGUAAAACUCUUGGUGAAGAGCUAUUCUCAUUGUCUCAGGUGCACAAUUGAGUGCACAAGAUUUUUAAGACACGAUAUUUAAGCACGGUAGAACAAGCGAGUGUUCUACACAUAAUGGUGUGAAGUGUUGAUUCAUUGUGAAUGCGAAUACCUUUUCACCUAGAUUACACUACAUUUUGUAGUCUACGUGUAUCUGAUAUCGAAAGGAUGUAAAAAGUUAAUUUUAAGCUUCUUUUGGAUCUUUUCAGACUGACAUGACUAUAGAUCUGUGACAGCGCAGCGCGGAAUCUGCAGAAAUUGAACUGGAGCUAAACCCAAUGUUCACAAAUGUGGGCAGUUUAACACAACUAAAGUGAAUAAAAAUGGUUGAAAUAUC